AUGCACCUGCCUCCCGCCACCACGGCGAAUGUAGCACCGCCUGCCUCCGCCGGAAGUACAUCAGCAGCAGCCAACGUAAACCCUGCCCAGUCCUGCUCGCUGCUGCUGCCUCAGCGAGCCGACCCUGCCGCCUUCACCUGUGAGGACUGCGAGUUGGAGAUCCGCAGUCGCGCCAAGCUGCGCCGGCACAGGCGAUACUACUGCCCCUUUCGCGAAAACAUCUUUGCGGACCCGGUGAAGGACGCCGUGGACCUGUAUCGGACGCAGCAACAGCAGCAGGGACACCGGCAGCGGUACGGCAGUGUUAGCAGCAGCUGCGACAGCGAUGAGGUUGACUUCGCCGAAGAGGACACGCACAACGGUGAUGGUGAUCGCACCUCGUCAGUGGAUGGGCGCCUCGGGCGAUGUAGUCGCGCGACAAGUGUGCCACUAGCAUUGACAGAGGGGGAGUGGUAUUAUCUCUCUCACGUCGCGGAACGAAGUGGGCUGAAGUUUGUCGAGGACGCUUACGCCAGCGACGUAAGCGCCGACGACGGUCUCCACGGCGGCAUGUUCUCUGACACCUCUUCGUCGUCCACGCCGAGUCGAUCCCCUUAUCGGGUGACGGUGGCGCCACUGGCCCGGCGGCAUCCGCGCAGUCCCGCAAGGGUACGGGGCAGAUUGCCGUCACCGAAACGCACCCCGCUGCAUGGCCUCCUCCCGUCUCCCUCUCCCUCUCCCAAAGGGCGGGUGUUGCGCAGUUCACAGACGACUGCCUCUGCGUCUUUGCUUGUUUUGCCAAACACGUCUCCCCUCACUUGCCACACCGGUGGCGUCAAUCGUCUCUUGAACGUGGGCAGCGGCACCCCAAAAGGCGAGAGCAUCGCGGCAGAGGACGCAAAAGGCGACGAUGAGGAUGAUAUGAUUGGGGCGUGGCCACCAGCGGAUCUUCGGCACCUGCAUCACCACCGACGGGGCAGCGGGCACCGGCGCGAGCGCCACAUUCUGCAGAAGCGGCUGCGUGCGCAGGAGGGGGCGCUGAUGGCGUUGGCCACCGAUUCACCACACCGACAACCACGCAAGCCACGUGUCGCUCGUGGAGGCGCACCGCGGUGCGGCAGCGACGCAGCGGUGGGAGAGGCGGAGGCGACGCGCCUCCACGUAACUCCGUCUGCUGAUUUCGCGCACCCCAGCACCUCCACAGCUGCGGCAGCCUAUUCGUACACGGGGCCUUCACAGUCGCUGCUCACUCCGCAGGUGGUAGCUCAGGCAGAGAGCUUGCUUGUCCUUAAUUGGAGCCGCCCGCGGCGCGGAAAGGACGGUGCUGCAAACGCGUUUGUGUGCCCAUACUGCGCUGACUACACAACGCUGGCCAGCCAGCGCGGGUUGCGGGCACAUGCGAUGCGGGUGCAUGCCAAAGAGGUGGCCAAGGCUCGCGUGCGCGUUGUGGAGACGGAGGCGGCACCGGUAGAGGAAGGUCGCGGACACGAGUCAGAAGAAGGCAAGGCGUCGCCUUAA